UUUGCCUCCCACUCCAUCGCCUAUCAACAUGGCAACGUCUGUCCUUUGACGCUGCCCCACUUCGCCGGUUGGCCUUUCCGGACCCACAACAAGCCUCUGGUAAACGGUGGUUCGUACCGUGAUUUCCUCUGCGCUAUGACGCACUAACUUUUUAAAGCACCGAACUUGCCGUGCGAGUUCGGUCCGUUUUCGCACUCGCCUGGACCCGCCUGCCUACAACGCAGCACACUCAUUCCCGCUGCAACAUACCCCCCAUCCCCUUCACUUUCAAUGACGUUGCGGCCGAUACUCAAGGCUUUGCACAUCUCGACUACCACCACAGCCCCUCCCGAUGCCGAUGCAUCCAAGCUUCCUAUAUCCUCCAAUCCACUGCCUUUCGCAUCGUGUAGCUCUCGCAUGGUCAUGUACUCCCCACACGUCCAUUUCCCAACACAACCAUGUACUUUAACUGGAGCCACACACUCUCCUGGGACAUAUGAUCGCGCACCCAUCUCGGUCUCCCCCAACUCUUGCGCCCUGCCAGAACGUGGCGGGCGUGUUUAUCGAUCAUCAAUACCCUUGCCGUUGCCGACGCCAAAGGGGAGCUACUUCCACCCACGAGCAUACGAGGCUUGCGAGGCCCCAGAGCAGGACAGAGAACGGGAGUUUUACUUUGACUGCGAAGAGCCCGAUUCGUUGGCUGUCCCUGAACUGGGAUUCUUUUCGUCGGAAUCCUCAGAAUGCUACACGGACGAGUGUGCAUCGCCUGACCCAGGCUCGCCUCCUGUUCGGGCGAGUACUGUCCAAUUUGCGGCAGCCACUUACGAGAGCAGUCCACCACUUCGCUCAAGACAUUCUCGGGAGCAUGUGUUAUCCUUCCUUCCCCACCCACAUCCCUCCUCGCACCCGCCUACACCUGGCCUGGAUCUCAAGCGUCCCCGGCGCAAGAAACCUCGGCCUCGUCGCCCUCCGUUGUCUUUCCGGGUCUCGGAUGACGGAGACGCCCACGGCUGCUUGGACGGUUUCUAA